GCAAAGUCAUGGUGCUCUGAUACUCUUGUUCACAGUUACAGAUUGAAAAAAAAGAAAAUAGCAAUCUGCUUUUGUCAAUAUAAAUGUUUCUGGAUGUACUUGAUUCCAAACUGCAGCUGAAGACCCAGAACCAAAGAUGAACUGGGCAUCAUUUUACGCGGUCAUCAGUGGUGUGAACAGACACUCCACCGGCAUCGGACGCAUCUGGCUCUCUGUCCUCUUCAUUUUCCGCAUUCUGGUGCUGGUGGUGGCAGCAGAGAGCGUGUGGGGCGAUGAGAAGUCCGGCUUCACCUGCAACACCCAGCAGCCGGGCUGCAACAGUGUCUGCUAUGACCACUUCUUCCCCAUCUCUCACAUCCGCCUCUGGGCGCUGCAGCUCAUCCUGGUCUCCACUCCCGCGCUGCUGGUGGCCAUGCACGUGGCCCACCGUCGCCAUGUUGACAAGAGGCUCUACAGAAUGUCAGGAAGGGCCAACCCCAAAGACCUGGAGCAGAUAAAGACCCAGAAGAUGAAAAUCUCAGGCGCUCUGUGGUGGACGUACGUCAUCAGCUUGUUCUUCCGCAUUGUCCUCGAGGUCAUCUUUAUGUACUUGUUUUACAUGAUCUACCCUGGUUACAAGAUGAUCAGGCUGGUGAAGUGCGACUCGUACCCAUGUCCCAACACGGUGGACUGCUUCGUUUCGAGGCCCACGGAGAAGACGGUCUUCACUGUGUUCAUGUUGGCUGCGUCCGGGGUGUGCAUCCUGCUCAACAUUGCAGAGGUGUUCUUCUUGGUGGGGAAGGUCUGCAGUAAGCAUCUGCACAAUGCUGGAGACUCAACUAUGGGGGCCUGGAUCCAACAAAAACUCUGCUCACUCUAACAAAACACGUAGAUCGUAUAGAUCAUAUCUGCACGAAGGAAAGUGAAAGACAGAGUUAACUCAUGAGGAAGACACAUAGAACUACUUAGAAUUCACAGCCAUUAUCUUCACACGACCAAAUUCGCAUCAGUGUGCACCAGACAUUCUCACUGGCUAUGCAGAACAGACACACUGAUAUGUGGAACAAACCAAAAUCACUGUUAACUGACACCAACAACAAUAUAAUAUAACAUGAUAUAAUAGCUUUAGUAAUUGAUGUUUGGCCAAACAAAGAAUGAUAGAGAAUAGAGAAUAAUCACAAUAAUCAUUUCUAAAAGCAUUGUUGCAGCUGACCACUUCAGGCUUUAAUUGACAUUGGCUUUUUGAUACUUUGCUUUUGGCGAAGGCUUUUGGUCUUGAAAUGAAAAUAUUAAAUUUAGAUUUCAUCUGCUGAAAAUACAAUGUACACAAUAUCAUUUCAUUUAUAAUAUUCUGUUGUUCACAUCAAUCGUCACAAUUGUUAUGGCUUUUGUUCAGCUGUUAUAAUUAAGAUGUUUUGCUAAUACAUGGAAAAUAUGUUGGAUUGUAUAAAUGUUAAAUUAUAUGAUAUUGUAUGUUUGUUUAAUAGAGAUUUUGGAUGGUUUAAUGGUUACUUUACACUCAAAGUAAUGACUUCAGAAAAAAAAACGAAACAUUUUAUUUCAGUUCAUUCAUUUUGUAGCUGGAUGUUUGAACAUUGUCAAUACACAGAUAAAAUCAACAGGCGUUUGUUUGUGUUAUUGUGUAAUGUUCUGUUCCAGACCAAAUUGAAAUUCAAACUUAGACCAGAACACAUACAGGAACACACAAUUGACCACAAUAGCUCUGGUACAUUGUCACAGGUUUUCCUGACUAAGUUGAGAUGUUUAAUGUGACACCAUAAGUCACCAGAGAGCAGCAGUUGGUGUAUCCGUAGGAGCAAAUGAAGUUGAAGUCACAGCGGUGCCAGUUUGUGAUUCUUCUCAGCUGUCGUCAGUGAGUGUGUGGGGGGGGGGGGAAGGUGAACGAACUGUGAAUAAAGCUUUAUUACACGUCUAGUGGCACCGUCGCCAUCUUUAGACGUGCCAUCGCCUCUGAGUCAUGGUGCCACCUGUGAGGAAACAUCUCCGGCUGAUUAAGUUCUACCUCUGAAGGCCAGAGUGCAGAGUAUUGGGGGGUUAUCAAUAGACUCGCUACCUAAGGGGUCAGUGUGUGGGUGACAAUGGUUGACCCAGGGGACAGCUGGACCUGCCUUGACCUGGCAAGAGGGCAUUUCUCUUUUUAAGGCAAGUGUCAAAACACACCACCUACAAGGCUCGGAGAGAUGGGACGCUUAUCAGCAGUGUACCAUAAACUGUUCCCUCCAUUCAAAUACUCAUGUGACUGUGUGUUUCCAAAUUUCCACUAUUUUAGUCCUGCCUACUUUAAAUGAUUCAUCGUGGGGAGGUUCACCUGGUUCAACCUGGUUCAUCCUGAAGUGUUAGGGCGGUCACCUACAACAAAGUGUAAUUGAAUAUACAUAAAAAUUCCUGUAUACAAAUGUUAUUUAAAUAAGAGUAAGUACGUAUUGGCAGAAAAAUGUGUCUAAAUUGGUAUACAUAUUUCCAGUAUAUUAGUAUAUUGUAUUUAAUAAUGGAACAUUAUUAACAGGGAAAUGAGAAAAUUAUGUGACAAAUUGAAGUAAUUUUUUUAAGCUGGUAAACAAUUUAGCUUUUUGAGUGCACGUGUAAGCAGCAUUUGAAUGUAAACUUUUCAUACUGUUGGGUAUAAACAGUAGAAAAAGUAGUUGAGUAUAUGUAGAUCUGAUUUGAGGGAUUUUAUGAAUGAAAGUAACUCGUGACUGUAGCUGUUCUAUAUUUGUGGUGGAGUAACAUGUAAAAUGCACGAUAUAUAACUCUGAAAUGAAGUUUGG